GGGAAGUUGUCUACUUGAUUUCGAGGAAACAAAAGGUUCAGACUCAGAUUGGCAAUAAACACUAUGCUUUGCGUUCGUUUGCAACCAUAAAACUGUGUAAUUUCGAGGUUGUCAUACGCUUAUUCGAAUGUCGAAUGCCAAAUCGCGCUUGGCGUUUUUUCCCCCACUGUGACGCUUCUUGUUUUGAUCGUAACAAACCUAUCGAACAGCCGUUGGUGUGUCAAAACAAGAUUUUCCAACGUUCAAACCGUGUUGUAACAAAAGCGAACAUCUCGAAAAAUCACUUUUAGAGUUUUUCGUCUCAUUCAUUUUGGACGGGGCAGAGAGGUUGCGUCAUGCCUCAACUUGUUGACAUUCUUUUGUUUACAGUGCAGACUCGACAGCCUCUGCGUUUCUGCUGCUCCUUUUGGGGAGCGGGGGAAACACUAGGCCUUGCUCCCACAAAUCCUCUCUGGAGAUAUAUUUUUUAAACACUUUUGAUGAAUGAACUCAGAUUAAUCACCACAAUCAAACAACAGCGUAACACAUGAAGUCGGAGCGCGGCUCUGCCCUGUUUGUCAAAUCUUGCAGCGCCUGAAGGCUAACUUAUUCGAUCGGGUUGCCAGAACAUAAGGUUAAAAUCGGUUGUUUCUUGCGAUUUUUCUGCAUUUCCUUUUUUCCCAUACAGUCUGUUGUUUUAAAAAAAAAUCACAUUUCAUUCUUUACUUUGUACGUAAUCAAAGAUCAAAUGGCAUGAAACGCGCUUGAAAUAGGCUAAUAUGCCAUUUAUUUUCUUAGUUAUGUUUUUUCCAAUGUAAUUUGGAGCCUUCGAUCUGCUGCUAAUAAACGACAUCAAGCUAUUGAUCAUUUAUGCUACGCAGUUAUGAAUGAAUGGGUUCUGUUGCGCAUGCGCCAAGUCCUUUAAGUUUAUAAACAAGGCCUGCACGCAAUGGGUCACAUGACUAGUCUGUCACAGAGGUUUGCUAUGUUGAUCCACAGACAAAGGAUUCCCUCAAGCAAGGUUCCCCCACCUUAUUCACUAUAGUGAUGUCAGGCCAGUUGGCGUGGCAUAAUAUGAUGUAGGAAGCAAAAUAAAACCUGAUCUGGAGCCUGUGAAUAAAGAGGAAACACAGCAGAAGGCAAGAAUGGAUGACUCCUUUGAUCCGCUCAAGUGUAAUGAGGACCUGCCCUCCUCACCUGGGUGCAACAUGGAUUAUGAUGAUAUGCCAGAGCUGCAGGAGGUGGAGGAGGACCAGAGGUCUCCGGGUUUGUUUCAGGUGGGAGCAGGAGUGUCUCACCAGGAGCUCAGCAGCUCUCCCAGCACCAACUGGCUCACUGAGCUGGCCAACAUUGCCACCAGUCCUCAGAGCCCGCUCCUGAAGGAUGCUCCUCACAAGAGGUCAUCUCCUGUCCACAUCUUUGGCACCAGUAACAGUUUACAUUCCUAUGCCAGGCCACCAUUAGCCAGCAGUGCACCCAACCCCUCUAGAGGCCACCUCAGGGAGCGCAGGCGCAUCAGGGCCAGCAGUGAAUCAGAGUCUGGAGUUUUCUCCAUGUCCUCAUCAUUCUCCGAUGAUGAAGACAUGGCCUGGUCUCAUUCCUGGCCCUCCACAGCCUGGCAUUGCUUCCUGAAAGGAACUCGCCUCCGCUUCCACAAAGGACCUAAUGUGGAAUGGCAAGAUGCCGAUGACCUCGGAGAUUCUGAUGACGACUCAGAUGAUGAAACCAUGAUGCCAUCAUCCUCUCUCAAGAAUUAUGGUUUAGAGGGGCUGAAGUUGGUGAGCCAUGAAGAGACAGUGUCUUUUGGACAGGCAGUCCUCAAACUGACCUUUGACCCUGGAUCACCCGAUGAUGGUCUUUUAACGGCCGAAUGUCGACUGGAUCACCCUUUCUUUGUCAAAAACAAAGGGUGGUCCUCCUUUUAUCCGAGCCUUACCGUGGUGCACCAUGGGAUUCCUUGCUACGAGAUGCAGCUGGGUGACCUGUGUCUGCCACCAAACCACCCAGAUGCCAUUAACUGUGAUGACUCUGUCGUCUUUGAUACUUUCAGGAGUUAUGACUUCACCCCGCUGGACUCUUCAGCAGUGUAUGUUCUCAGCAGCAUGGCUCGCCAGCGCAGGACCUCCCAGUCCAGCGGGGGCGCUGUUAGCCCAGACUGUGAUAAACUGGAGCGCUCCAGCUCCCCCCAAUCCUCUAGUAGCAAAUCAAACAGGAGCCACACCUCAGGGACAGCCAGUGGUGCCACACCCACAAAAUGCAAGCGGCCAAUGAAUGCCUUCAUGCUCUUCGCUAAAAAGUACAGGGUGGAGUACACGCAGAUGUAUCCUGGGAAAGAUAACAGAGCCAUAAGUGUGAUCCUGGGUGACAAGUGGAAGAAGAUGAAGAGCGAGGAGAGGAGGAUGUACACCAUGGAGGCCAAGGCUCUGGCUGAGGAGCAGAAAAGACUGAAUCCAGACUGCUGGAAACGCAAAAGAACCAACUCAGGUUCCCAGCAGACCUAGAUAAUCCCCCAGAAUCCCCAGACUCUGCUGGUUGAUGUGGAGAAGUGCUGGGCUGAGUCUGACUGACCGCUUGAUGCCUCUUUGCUCUCCUGUUUUCUUGAGACUCAACUGUGAUGCUGAAUUCACUUGCUUCGUAUAACCUUGAAACAUUAUAGAGACAAAACAUUAAGAGAAACAACAAUUAUGAACUAUAAACAAAACAUGUAAUCUAGUAACUAACAGUGCUUAUAUUUUCUUAUAUCUUUUUAUGUCAGAGAUGUCUUAUUCCUCUGAAUAAGAAUGAAUCUGCUCAUGUAUUUCAGGUUAUUUCAUACUUCUAGGUUUGAAAAAUGAGACCCUGUGGUGCUAUGCUCAGUGUAGAAGGAGCAGUAAACAACAAGUGUCUAUUUAUAAUUGUAAAAAUGGGAAUUUUAGAUAACGUUUUUCACAACCGUUCAUAUUGAUUAUAUUUGUACAAUUCAAUAUAUUGCACAGAUUGGUAACCCUUUCAUACAUUUUGUAAUACAGUAUAUAUUCAGCAGUUGAACUUGGCCAAUAGUUUGUGAUAACUGCCUUGCCGAGGCCGUAGACUGUGCUUGCCCAACCACCUGGCCAUAUGAUGAGGAGGCUUUAUUCGUGUGGUGGUAGGUUUACAUCCAGUUACAAGGCACUUCAGGGCCGGGCCUUCACUGUAAGUGUUGCAUUUCUUUUGCACUUUAUAUAAAUAUGUAAUCUAAUCUUAUACAGCCAUUGUAUACUUGUGGAAACCAUUUGUAUAAUACGACAUGUAUCUUGAUGUUAGCUGUUUGACUCGAUCAUGGCUUAGUAGCCGUGUUUUGCUUGCAGGUUGCUAUGGAAUUUAUAGUGCUUUGUUGAUAAUGUACAGGUUCACACCCUCCACCAACCUCUUGCACAGAAUAUCCUUGUAUUAUAAAUAAAUUUUUAAACUUGCAUCUUGCAUUAUA